UGGUUCUGCACCCCAGUAAAACUGUGCCUGCAAUACAUGGGAUCCAGUAAGUAGGAGAGUCCUCACAGGGAAGAAGGGAAGGAAAUUCCUAGGAUGCUGGGGAGAGGGUACCCCAGAAGAAUGACCAGGCAGCAGGUUUAAAGAGCAGCUACCCAGAUUACAUAGUGGUGCAGGGGUCCGUGAAAAAAGCAGAGUUGACGGAUUAUCCAAGUUUUGAUGGAAAGUUUCAGAUAAAUUAGUACAAACAAUGGCAAUCAAGAGCUCCAGGAACAACAGACAGGAAUGCAUGAAAGGCUAUGUCAUAGCAAUAUGCCAUGUUGCUAAGGCAUGGACAGGAUAUAAUCACAAUGAUGGAAGCACUGAAUACUUAUUGAACCAAAAACUGUGAUGCUAUAAUCAUAUAGAGAGGAGAGCAGAAGGAUGGGAACAGGUAAAUCUUCACUUCAUGAAAAGAAGUCAAGAGGAUCUUCUUUUUCCCUGAUGUUCUGAAGCUACAAGAUGACUUCCAAUACCAUGUGGAAUAGGAGUGGUUUUGGUAUCAGGAUGAUGCUGGCCUCAUAGAAUGAGCUGGGGAGGGGUCUUUCCUCCUCAAUUUUUUGGAAUAGUUUCAGUAGGAAUGGCACCAGCUCUUCUUUGUUCAUCUGAUAGAAUUCAGCUGUGGAUCCUUCUUGUCCUGCGCUUUAUUUGGUUGAGAGUUGCCCAAGGAAGUCAACAGGAGAGCCAGGUCAGGGAACAGCAACCAGAGGGAGAUGAUCACCUGAACCACUGCUCCAAACCAUGGGCAGUAAAUGCUGUAAAGGUGGUCCAGAUGAAGAUGAUGUAGAAAGACAGAGGCGACGGAAGUUGCUUCUUGCACAACUGCAUCAUGGAAAAAGGGUGAAGGCGGCUGGGCAGAUCCAGGCCUGGUGGCGUGGGGUCCUGGUGCGCAGGACCCUGCUGGUCGCUGCCCUCAGGGCCUGGAUGAUUCAGUGCUGGUGGAGGACGCUGGUGCAGAGACGGAUACAUCAGCGGCGGCAGGCCCUGUUGAGGGUCUAUGUCAUCCAGGAGCAGGCGACGGUCAAGCUCCAGUCCUGCAUCCGCAUGUGGCAGUGCCGGCAAUGUUACCGCCAAAUGUGCAAUGCUCUCUGCUUGUUCCAGGUCCCAGAGAGCAGCCUUGCCUUCCAGACUGAUGGCUUUUUACAGGUCCAAUACGCAAUUCCUUCAAAGCAGCCAGAGUUCCACAUUGAAAUCCUAUCAAUCUGAAAGGCCUGGGGCAUGGAGAACAGGCUCCACUGCCCUAAUAAAUGUCUGACCAGGU